AUGAGAUACUGCAAUGCCGGCAGGGCCAGGCGCGGGAUCGCUUGGAUUUCCAGGUAUUUUGGCGAGCCAAGCGAUGGCGCUGGCCCGGCGGCAGAGUUUGUUGCGGCAUUGAGGGCUUGCGGCGUCUUGAAAGAUCUGGAACUCGGCAAGAUCAUCGCGGGCAAGGUCGGCAAGAUAGACAAGUAUGCCCAGACAGCGAUCAUCGAUAUGUAUUCCAGGUGUGGAGAGAUUGGAGAAGCUCGGAAGUCCUUUGACAGUCACAUCCAGUGCCGCGAUGCUGCUCCCUGGAACGCGAUGAUCCUGGGGUAUGUGAGGAACGAUCUGAGCUCUCUGGCGCUGGAACUCUUUGCCAGGAUGAGAGGAUUGGCUUGCGAACCAGAUGGUCGAUCGUUCGUGGCUGGAUUGGCGGCUUGUUCUAGCCUGGCAACCAAAGAACAGGGAGAGCUCAUCGAUGGAAAGCUCGUGAAGAUGGAGAGUUUGGCGAGAGGAAUGGCUCUUUAUUCUGACGCUGCGAAGAAGGGCUGUCACACAGAGAUCUUUGUCGCGAACUCCAUGCUGGAUUUGUGUGGGAAAUGCGGGAGCUUGGUGGAUGCUCGCAAGAUUUUCGACCGCAUGGACUGCCACGACGUGGUUUCGUGGACGUCGCUGAUCCUGGUCUACGCGGAGAACUGUGAAGAAGAAAUCGCUCUCGAGUUGAUCGACCUUAUGCAGUGCAGUGGCUGUUCUCCAAACUCUCGGACGUUCGUGGCCGGAUUGAUGGCUUGCUCGAGUUUGGCAGUGAAAGAUCAAGGUGGCAGGCUUCUCAAAGUGAGGUGCUUGGAGAAAGGCAGGGAUUUGCACCAUCGAGCGGUGGAGAGUGGCUGCGGGGGUGAUGUUUUCGUGGCCAGCGCUCUCAUCGACAUGUACUCGAGGUGUGGAAGCUUGGAGGACGCCGAGAACGCCUUCGCAGCUGUCACACCUUCUCGCGACCCGGUUCCGUGGAACGCACUGAUCCACGGGAAGAAGAAGAAGAUGGCCGAGCUUUCUCCAAGGCGAGAUGCUUGGAGAAAGGACUGGCAAUCCAUGCCGAAGCUGCGAAGUCCCAGUUCGAUUUAG